AUGCAAUUUAGCUAUUCCGUUGAAGAGCCACUCAAUAGAGAACCGCCCAUGCACGACUUGGUGUCGAGUUUCUUUACAAUCGCAGGUAACUACGAUAGGAACCACGGGCCAAUCCCCCAUAUAGCUGCUGAGGACCAUAUUGUUAAAGUCAACGGCCUUGUUCAUCGACCUCUUGAGCUCUCGAUUGAGCAGCUGAGGAGUCGGUACACGCAGCAUGAGAUCAUUAGCGCUCUCCAGUGCGCUGGUAAUCGACGCCAUACCAUGCGCACACUUCUCAAAGAGGUUGAUGGGAUCGAUUGGGGUGAUGGAGCCGUCAUGAACUGCAAGUGGAGGGGACCCAAGCUCAAAGAUAUUCUAGAUACCGCAGGAAUCAAUGUUCGGGAUCGCAAAGGGGCCCAUGUUGCCUUUGCUUGCUACAAAACUCACGUUCAAAAUUCGGAAUGGUACGGAGGAUCAAUAGAGUUGGACAGGGCGUUGAGAGACAAUGCAGAUGUCUUGAUUGCACUUGAGAUGAACGGCGAGCCGCUCUCUAUCAACCACGGCUUCCCCGCCAGAAUGAUCGUGCCUGGAGUGUCAGGAUGUCGCUCUGUUAAGUGGGUAGAUGAGAUCACUGUGCAAUCGGAAGAGUCAAGGAAUCUCUAUCAGCGCUAUGACUACAAGAGACUACCACCCGAAGCCAUGGACACGGAAAGCGCGAAGCAGUAUUGGAACCAAACCUCAGCCCUUCAGGAUAUGCCAAUCAAUUCAGUCAUCGCAGAACCCCAAAGUGGGGACACGGUCAGGCUGCCACCUUCAGGAAGAAUCGAGGUUAAGGGCUAUGCACUUCCCCAGGGUGACCAGGGACCGGUGGUGAAAGUGGAAUGCUCGACAGAUGAAGGGCAGACAUGGGAGGCGGCUGAGAUAUUGAGUGGCAAUGAUCUUAAGGCGAAAUGGUGUUGGGCAUUGUGGAAGGCUACAGUUCGGCUUCACAAAGGGAAGAAGCGACGAUUAUUGUCUCGAGCCACUGACAACGGAGGAAACGUACAAACCGGUGAACCGGUGUGGAAUUUGAGAGGGGUAGGCUAUGACGGGUAUGGGGAGUCGAGAGAUCUUAUUGUGGUCUGA